AUGCAGGAACCAGAUGAUGCUUACAUCAUUAAAAGCAACCCCAUUGCCUUGCGAUGCAAAGCCAUGCCCGCUAUGCAGAUUUUCUUCAAGUGUAAUGGUGAAUGGGUCCACCAAAAUGAGCAUGUCUCUGAGGAAAGCAUGGAUGAAAGUACAGGCUUGAAGGUUCGAGAGGUGUUCAUCAACGUGACAAGGCAGCAGGUGGAGGAUUUUCAUGGGCCAGAAGAUUACUGGUGUCAGUGUGUUGCAUGGAGCCAUUUAGGGACCUCAAAAAGCAGGAAGGCAUCAGUCCGCAUAGCCUAUUUACGGAAAAACUUUGAGCAAGACCCACAAGGAAAGGAGGUUCCUAUUGAAGGGAUGAUUGUUCUGCACUGUCGGCCACCAGAGGGAGUACCUGCAGCUGAGGUGGAAUGGCUUAAGAACGAGGAGCCCAUCGAUUCCAACCAGGAUGAGAACAUCGACACCAGGGCAGAUCACAACCUGAUCAUCCGCCAGGCCCGUCUGUCUGAUUCCGGGAACUACACUUGCAUGGCUGCCAACAUAGUGGCCAAGAGAAGGAGCAUGUCUGCAACAGUCGUGGUGUAUGAUAAAAAACCUCUUCAUGAAAUAAAACCCCAAAAUAUCGAGAACGCCAGUGACAUUGCCUUGUACUCAGGCCUGGGUGCUGCAGUCAUUGCUGUAGCUGUGCUGGUAGUCGGCAUUACACUCUAUAGACGGAGCCAGAGCGAGUACGGGGUGGAUGUGAUUGAUUCAUCCGCGCUGACAGGAGGCUUCCAGACAUUUAAUUUUAAAACAGUCCGGCAAGGUAACUCCCUGCUUCUGAACUCAUCCAUGCAGCCUGACUUGACAGUGAGCAGAACAUACAGCGGACCCAUCUGCCUGCAGGACCCCAUGGAUAAGGAGCUCAUGACAGAAUCUUCACUCUUUAAUCCCUUGUCAGACAUCAAGGUCAAAGUUCAGAGUUCAUUCAUGGUUUCCCUGGGGGUGACGGAGCGGGCCGAGUAUCACGGAAAGGCACAUUCUGGAACGUUUCCCCAUGGGAACAACAGAGGCUUCACGACAAUACAUGCCAGGAACAAAACUACAUACAUUCAGAAUCUGUCAUCUCUUUCAACAAGAAGUGAGCUGAGAACGACUGGCAUUUUUGGCCACCUGGGUGGCCGUUUAGUGAUGCCAAACACAGGAGUCAGUUUGCUGAUACCACAUGGAGCUAUCCCUGAAGAGAGCUCAUGGGAAAUCUAUCUUACCAUCAGUCAAGGGGAGUCCAGUCUACAGCCAGAAGGCACAGAAGUUCUUCUUGGUCCAGAAGUCACAUGUGGCCCUCCAGAUGUGACUGUCACCACUCCUUUUGCCUUGACUAUACCGCAUUGUGCAGAAGUAAAUUCUCAACAUUGGAAUAUUCACUUGAAAAAAAGAACACAACAAGGGAAAUGGGAGGAAGUGAUGUCCAUGGAAGAGGAAACUACUUCCUGCUACUGCCUAUUGGAUCCUUACGCCUGUCACAUUCUCUUAGACAGCUUUGGAACUUACGCUCUCGCUGGGGAGCCCAUCUCUGACUGCGCAGUUAAACAGCUGAAAGUGGCAGUGUUUGGCUGCAUGUCUUGCAAUUCGCUGGAUUACAAUCUGAGAGUGUACUGUAUGGACAACACCCCUUGUGCAUUUCAGGAAGUAGUUUCAGGUGAAAGACACCAAGGAGGACAGUUGCUGGAGGAACCUAAGUUGCUGCAUUUCAAAGGGAAUACCUUUAGUCUUCAGAUCUCCGUUCUUGAUAUCCCCCCUUUCCUCUGGAGAAUUAAACCAUUUACUGCAUGUCAGGAAGUUCCUUUCUCUCGUGUGUGGUGCAGUAACCAGCAGCCACUGCACUGUGCCUUUUCACUGGAGCGUUACACUCCCGCAACCACACAACUGUCCUGCAAGAUCUGUGUUCGGCAAGUCAAGGGCCAUGAGCAGAUCCUACAGAUCCAGACAUCUAUUCUAGAGAAUGAGAGAGAAACCAUCACUUUGUUUGCACGUGAGGACAGCAACUUCCCUACACAAACUGGUCCAAAAGCCUUCAAAAUCCCAUACUCCAUUAGACAGAGAAUAUGUGCGACAUUUGACACACCCAAUGCUAAAGGCAAAGACUGGCAGAUGUUAGCACAGAAAAACAGCAUCAACAGGAAUCUCUCUUAUUUUGCUACACAAAGCAGCCCAUCUGCUGUCAUUUUGGACCUGUGGGAAGCCCGACAUCAGCAUGAUGGUGACCUUGACUCUCUAGCCUGUGCCCUGGAAGAGAUAGGACGGACACACUCCAAAAUCUCAAAUAUUACAGAAACUCAGAUUGAGGAGACCGACUUCAGCUACAGCAGGCAAAACGGACUUUAG